AUGACCCCGCCUCAAUUCGAGCUGUUCAUCAAGCGGCUCAUCAAGUUUGGCAUCCCAAAAGAUGCUUGUCCUGCAUCCGUAGUGAUCUUACUCAUCUUGCUGGUUUGGUGGCUUGACCUUCCGCCACAAGGUGACCCUUACCAAGUGAUUGAGAUGUUUGCAGGGGUAGGAAGGAUAGCAGCCCUAUCCAAAUUUGCUGGGUUCAAGUCAGCGGCCAUUGACCUUGAGUAUGCGAAGGAAAGGAUUUACACCUACAAGUAUGCAGCAAAGUUGGUACAGCUCAUCCCAGAAUUUCAAGCUGACUCCAAAGCUCGUGACUUUCCCGUGGAGGUGGAGAGUGAAUCCACAGCCUUGGAACUUUUUGCUACUAUGGCCUUUUGUGAUGAGGGCCAAGCUUGGGACCAGGCCUUGAGAGCGAGCCGUGUCAUUCCAACUCCUGUCCGAGCUGGUGGAGAACAGUUGGGACCACAUGAGGAUACCAUCCCAGCUGAUUUGGAGAGUCCUCCUUCUGGUGAGGACAACCCUCCUGACCAUGGCAUGUCGGUUCGGGACUUGGUUGAUGGCUAUGAUUCAGCGGAGGAUGACCCUUGGACUAACUGGUUGCUGGUAAAAGAUGAAUUGCUGAGACGCUUACAAACUGGUGAGUUGGCAUUUCCUGAAGACUUCACCUCGGAGACCCCUGCUGUAGAUGACCCAUACUUCGGACUACCCAAUGCUGAUGAUGCCCAGGAUCUGAAACCAGACCAGCUGGCGGUGAUGGAUGCUCUGGCUGCUGCUUUUGCCCAGGAGGAUGUGGCGAUGGCUGAGAAAGGGAAUGAGAAUUCCUUGGGUGAUGAUUCGAAGGUGGACACUGCACCCUCUGCAUCCUUGACACCGAACCAAGCAGGUGAGAGCAACGCUAUGAAAUGCCUACGUCGACUUGUCCAGCCCCGUGCGGAUGGAUCCUUCCUAGUCCCUGAAGAGAUCAUUGCAAAGUUCAAAGAUAUUGCUGGGGGUGGGCGCUCGGAAGUCUUACGUUUAUAUGAGCAAUGUGGAUGCAACAAGGAUGCUUUCGUGAAGACCUGCCGUCGCAAGAUCGAGCAAAUCAGUGAAGAGGACUUGUAUGUGGAGGGUGAGUUCAUGGCUGAGGCUGACAUGGCGGAUGAGGGAUACAAAGAGAGAGACAAGUAUGAGAAGCAGGUCAAGCUCUAUUGGGUGGAGACGAAGCAGGGUGGCCGCAAGCUGAAACGUAAGCGACAAGUUCUUGAAGAAGAAGAUGAAAUUUCGGCGGAUGAAAUGGAAAAGUUGAAGAAUGAGAUGGAGGGGUUCCCUUCUGACUUUGUCUUGCCCAAAGACACGACGGAUCCCGUGAUCUUGGUGGAGGCUGAUGGCAACGUGGAUACUCAGAAAGCGCUUAAGGCGCUGAGUUUUCCUGUGAUGGACGAUGAUGCAUUGCCAUCAAGCUAUAUCCAGAAGAUCUUGGGUGCCCUUGCAAAGUGGAGGGUCAAAAUGAAUGGUAUCAUUGAGACCUUGGAUAGCUUGGAAGAGAAACCUGACAAUGUUCAACCGCAGCAGGAUCAGUUGGAAGAGAUGUUCAAAGAAGCGCGCAAGCAGAACAUUCCGACAUCCUACCAUCAGUAUGAGGAGAAUGGGACUGUGGUCAGACUUGCCUACUUGCGGCCCACUGAUAUCUUGAGAUAUUUGUUGACCAAUGAGCCGUGGCUACUCUUGGGUGGAUUGAAGCCAGGGAGAGAAGCACAGAAGCUAUUGUCUACAUUCUGGCAACUUUACCGGAAUGAACAUGGAUCUCAUGAAGUCUUUCAGAUGGCAAGGGACAACAAGGUCCAAUUAGAUCACACCAUACCAGUGUUCAUUCAUGGUGAUGGAGGGCGCACACAGAAGAAGACCCCAUUAGAGGUUGUGAGCAUCAGGCCGGCACUUGGGAUUGACACAGAGCAGGCCCCUUUGAAAUGCACUUGCAAUGAGUCGGUGGUGUACCAUGGUGCCAACAAACAGGAUGCAAUGUCAAUGCGGUUGAAUCAGAAAAACAAUUCAUACUUGACUCACUUCCUGGUAUUUGCUUUUCCCUCGAAGAAAUUCAAAACCACUCCUGGCCUUCUCCAGUCUCUCUUAGAGGCUACAUCUGUGGACCUCAAGACAGCUUGCUGCGAUGGCAUUUCGGUUGGGGACACUUUGUUCCAUAUAGCUGUGCUAGGCAUGUCUGGAGAUAUGGAGUACCAUGCCAAAACAGGUGUGCUCAACCGGUCGUACCAAAAUGUUGGACACAAGAACUUCAUUCCAUGCUGCCAUGAAUGCAAGGCAGGGGAACUUGCAUAUCCUUUUGAGGAAGUAUCAAGCAACCCCACAUGGACUGAAACCUUAUAUGCCACUCCUCCUUGGAGGGUGCCUCCUCCAUUCAAGCAUAUCCCAUUUGAGGAUUGGAACACGGGAGGUGCUGGAAGAUUCUUCAAGAAAGACCCAUUUCAUAUUUUUCGACUUGGCAUAGCCAGAAACUUCAUUGGUAGCACCAUCGUGCUAUUCUGUCUUGAAGGUGUUUUUGAUUUUGAUGAUUCCGACAGUCUUGGGAUCGAUGCGCGUUUGGGAAGAGCUUGGAGCUCAUUUGCCUUGUGGUGUGACACACACCAUGUGACUCCUGGUGCAAUCCGGUCAUUUUCAAAGGAAAAAAUGCAUUUACCCACAAUGGGAUCGUUCCCUUGGUGUGGCGGGAAGGGGUCAGAUUCCAUUCUGUUACUAAAGUGGCUUCGCUUUUUGGCUGUGCUGCAUGGCCGCGAGCAUCCUGAGAUGGCUAUUUUUCGCUUAGUGCUCAAAGCGUGCGAUGGUGGUUUAGCUUUCCAGUGCAUACACGCACACGGAAUGUGGCUGAUGCCUACGUGCAGGACCAAAAUUAUUCGAGCAGCAAAAGAUUUUGAUCAGUCCUAUGCGCGGUUGGCCUACAUUGCCUUUACAAAUCAAAGGCAACUCUAUGCUAUGGUUCCAAAACUCCACGCUUUGGAUCACUUUCCUGUUCAGUUGGGUUUGCAGGAGUACGACGAUUACUCACUUAACCCGGCAGUUUAUGAUUGCAGUAUGAGUGAGGACUUCAUUGGAAAAGUAUCAAAACAAUCGCGAAGGGUAUCUUUUGUCAAUGUGGUGGAAAACACCCUAUUGGCAUACAAAGUGAAAACAAAAUUUGUCAUCAAAAGAUUCAAGAAGAAACGCUUUCAGUAA